AUGGCGGAUCUCGAUGCACACCUGGUGGCAUGCACCUCGACGCCCUCACUGCCACCACGCCCGAGUCAAAUGACAAGAUCAGCCUCGGAGCUGUCGCGGGGCAGUUCGUCCGACAUGGACGCCGAGGCCAUGCCACCCCCACCGCCGCCUGCGGACGACUACUGCGUCGGUCGUUCGUCGCGGUCAACAUCGAAUGCGUCACGCAACGCCCAUCGCCUCUCGCUGACACUUCCCAUUGCCCUCCCCACCAGUGAUCCGUCUCGUCCGCCCUCGACCAUCCUGUCUUCCUACCCCGCGACGCCGAUAGACUCGGCUCUCGCCUCUCCAGUCGAUGCCAACGACUUCAUCAUUGCGAUAGCAACUCAAGAGAGAAAGGUGCUCGAGCUCAGGGAAGAGCUGGCCCGUGCAGAAGAAGAGCUACUCAAGCUGAAGAAGCACUGGACGACACAAGAGGCACACCAGAAGCGGAACCGGGGCCGCCAUAUCGAACCACUACGACCUCUGGGACCCCAGCUCAACGGGGGCGCACCCGAGGAUCUCUCUGCUGCCCGGCGCAGCGUAGAUCUAGACCGGCGUAAAGCGUUCCUUCAGAACCAGAACACGCCCAAGGAACAUCGGAGGCGCGUCAUGAGAGGCGGCCACACGAGAACAUUGUCCUUGCUCUCCCCUGCGAAGACGGAUGGUGGGUUCUCCGUGCACGAGGACUCCGAUGGCAUGACUUCACCCGAGAUCCCACCCAUUGCCCAGCCCUUUGUCAAUCCGGCAUUGUCAAAACGCGCAUCGUGGCAACCCCGGUCUUAUCACCCGAACCAGCAGGGUGUCAAGCAAAUAGCCGAGGACUUUAAGUCAGGCCUCUGGAGCUUUGUGGAAGACAUUCGCCAGGCGACCGUUGGUGACGAGCCCAUCAACGGCCGUAGCCUCCGCCAGAGCACACACGACGCACCGGCUAGAAAGGAAAGGCCGGUUUCGUUUGCUGCCGACCAGGAGACGAUCAAGGCGUCGAGCUCCAUGCGUCCCCGGGCGGGCCUCGACACGGCCUUUGACGGCCCCGCCGCGGAGACGCCUUCCCGGUCCUCAACAUCCCUGGAACGGCCCCUGGCAAAGGCGAAAAACAAGUCGAAGCACUUCUCCUGGACACCACUGUCGUUCGACUCGAUCGACGACAAUGACUGGUCAAACUGGGAGUCGCCCUCAGUCUCCUCUGCCAAGUCCACACGCUGGAGCGGGUCAACCGUCAGCGGCGGUGAAGGGAUAGCGUCCAUUCCCGAGAAGGCUGACGAGAAUGAGACACCACUUAAGAAGAAAUCGUCUCGGACAGCCAUGGCAAUUGACACCAGAGUCGAGCGCUCUACGACGCCGAUCCUCUCGCCGACCAAGCUUGAGGAAAUUCUGCCAAACGUGGUCAACCGGCUCUCUCCCAGCAACAUCAAACGAACGGCUAACAUUCUCAUGGAUGAGUGGGAGAAGAGCCUCACUCCACCCCCUCGCGAGCGAGACACGCCUGUUGAGUCCAAGGAGAAUCAUGCGUGA